AAGACGAGAGAAAAGAUGGCACAAAUCCUCCUCCUCCUCCUCCUCCUGUACAGCCUCUUUCUCCAAUCACCAUCUGCCACGUUGCCCACCAUCCAACUCCCCCGAUCCGAUUCAUCCCGCAUCUCCAUCUCCGUCACCGACUACGGCGCAUCCGGCGACGGCAAGCGCUACGACACGCGCUCCAUCCAGGCUGCCAUCGACGACUGCUCGGCCGGCGGCGGCGGCCGUGUCAUAUUUCCGGCGGGAUCGUACCUGACGGCCACGAUCUUCCUGAAGUCUGGAGUGGUGCUGGAAGUGGAGAAGGGGGCUAGGAUUUUGGGCGGCACGCGGCAGUGUGACUACCCAAGGGAGUCGAGCCGGUGGUACGUGGUGGUGGCGGAGAACGCGAAGGAAGUUGGGAUCACCGGCGGGGGUGAGAUCAACGGCCAGGGAUGGGCGUUCGUGGAGCGGUGGGACCCACGGAAGAACGUGAUGGUGAGCUGGAACAAGACCGGAUCCUGUUACGGAGACGAGUGCCGGCCCCGGCUCGUCGGCUUCCUGAAUAGCUCCAACGUCAAGGUUUGGGACGUCAAUCUCACGCAGCCUGCUUACUGGUGUUUGCAUAUUGUGAGGUGCAACAACACAAAAAUUCACGACGUAUUGAUUCGAGGCGACUUCGACACACCAAACAACGAUGGCAUUGACAUUGAGGAUUCAAAUAACACAGUCAUCACGAGAUGUGACAUCGAUACAGGAGACGAUGCGAUCUGUCCCAAGACUUCCACUGGGCCCCUGUAUAACCUAAGGGUGACAGACUGCCGGAUUCGGACUAAAUCCUCAGCAAUCAAGCUCGGGAGUGCUAGUUGGUAUGAGUUCAAAGGUUUGCUUUUCAAUAACAUCACGAUUGUCGAAUCACAUAGAGGACUCGGACUUCAGAUACGCGAUGGAGGGAAAGUAAGCGAUGUUACCUUCUCAAACAUCAAAAUCAGCACGAGAUACUAUGAUCUGUCAUGGUGGGGUCGAGCGGAGCCCAUCUAUGUGACCACGUGCCCACGGCACCACAAUUCAAAAGCUGGGUCAAUUUCCAAUUUGCGGUUUGUUAACAUCUCUGCAGUGUCCGAGAACGGCGUUUUCUUAUCGGGCUCGGUUGAUGGGCUUCUCAGCAACUUGAAAUUCAUCAAUGUGAAUCUAACUUACCGAAGGUGGACGAAUUACACUGGUGGGUUAGUUGAUUACAGGCCAGGGUGCAAAGGGCUCGUAAAUCACAGCACAGCCGGGGUUAUUAUGGAGCACAUUUCAGGUCUAGAUAUGAAAAAUGUGAAUAUGAGAUGGUAUGAGAGCGACGUUAAAGGAUGGAAUAACCCUUUGGACUUCAGACCUUCGACGGUAAACAAGAUAUCCUUAAUUGAUUUCAAUUCAGAUCUGUACAAACAGUAGUGUGAUUUCUUUGCAAGAGAUUUCCUGAUUUACUCGUGCGAAAGCGCUGUAGUGAUCAUUGAGUAUAUGGUUCUGAUUUAUGGAAUUUUACAAAAUGAUAUAUCAUUAAUAUGAUAUUUACAUCC